UGUACGAACAACCGCAACUGUUAAAAUUACUAGUCCUGAGAGUUGCGUAGUUAGUCUUUCCAACAGACAGUUUUCGAUUCUCCGGUAAAGAUUAAUUAUUUUUCAGACAUUUUAUAUUUAAUUUAAACAUUUCAAAUGGUUACCAUAAAUAUCGUCUCUGCGUUCCUGCUACUGAUUCUUCACAACAAAGUUGAAGGCCAGGAAUUCAUCGCCUCAAGUUCAAUAGUGAAUGGAAAGCGAUAUCAUUUAUCGGCUGCUCCAGACACUUGGCACAGAUCCCACAAUAAUUGCCUCAGCCACCAAUGGAGGCUUGCGAUAAUAAAAAAUAAGGAACAACAAACAGUUUUAAACGAGUUAGCUUCUUCAUACGGGAAGGAUGUUUGGAUAGGACUGAGAAUGAGAAUGGUUGGACCAGAAGGAGGCAUUAGCACUGGUUGGUGGAGUGACGGAACACCAUACAACUCCACCGUAAGCUUCGACAACUGGAAAGAAGGUGAACCGCAAUCAAAAAUAUCAAGUCCAUGCGUUUACAUGUGGCAAAAUUUUUCUUUUGGAUGGGAUGAUUGGUACUGUGACAAACUAUUUACUUACGCUUGCGAGGAAACAGUUGGAUUGAAAUCGAUGUCACCCGAAGAAUUCCAGAUACAGGGAGUAUCUAUUUUGAACAAAACUUUACACCUGGAGAGCAAUUCAGAAAAUUUGAAAACAGUUUCUCAAGAUUUAGACAAUAUGUUAAACGCGAAUUCUAAUUUAUUUGACGACCAGCAAAACAUGUCGAGAAAUAUUCUCAAUUCGUUUGAUAGUUUUCUGGAAAAAUAUGACGUAACAAAGAACGGAGAUUUUUCUUCUAACAAAGAAAAUUUGCAAAUCAACAUCAAACGAAUAAACCACAAGGUUGACUUAAUUUUAAAAGAUGAUAUUAGCAACAAAGCAGAAAGUAAUUUGACAUCAAUAAGGUUGAAAUUAAGCAGAGACAUUCUUAACGAAGCUCAAAAGCGUUAUGAACGAACGAAUCCUUCACAAACUGCACAAGUUGGGUCUGUACUUUAUAAAACUCCGAGUUUGUUCCAAGCCAAUAAAACAGAAUACGUGGAAAAACUGGACGCGAAUAAUAUCACUUACGAGGGGAAAGAUCUUGAAGUUUCUACUUUUGGAGAAGAACCGAACCUUAAAUUAGCAACAACAGUUUUGACGAAUAUUAUUUCGGCUGAAGUCUUUCACGUGGAUAUGUCGAAUUUAUCCAGUCCAAUUUGUAUAUCAGUAGAAAAAAAAGAUAACGACGCAGAAUUACCAGAACUAAACAAUAUGAAGCCCAAUAUGAAAAUACGAUGUGCAUUCUGGGAUCCAAAUCUGAACGAUUGGUCUGAAGAAGGAUGUGCUAUGAUAGAAACAAUUGACAACACACACGUUUGUCACGACGGCAUUGUCAAUCUUACAACUGAAAAUCAGUACAUAGUUUGCCAGUGCAACCACUUGACACAUUUUGCUUUAAUUCAAGAUGUUGAAUACACGUAUGCCCCAAAAUAUUUGGAUUAUUUAACAUUGACUGGAUGUAUCGUGAGUGGCGCAUUUCAUUUCUUCACCGUCAUCACAAUUUUAUGCUUCAAGAGCAUGAGAACGGACAAAAUUCGUUUAAUAAUCUUACAUAUUUCUGCAAAUUUAUUCAUCGUCAAUGUUAUUUUUCCGAUUGGAAUUGACGACAAUGAUAAUGAAAUCAUGUGCGAAAUCACGUCGAUUGCCCUUCAUUACUUCAUGCUGACGGCGUGGGCAUGGAUGUUAUUGGAAGCUGUUUACCUAUUUCAUGCUUUGUUUUUAUCUCAACAUGUUGGUGGACCUGGUGCAAAAAUGAUAGUCAUUGGUGGAUUGUUGGCCUAUGUGAUACCUGGAGCAGUAGUAGCUAUGUCAAAAAUAUUGUCGACGUCGUAUCGGAGCAAAAGAUAUUGUUGGUUGUCUUCAGAAAUCAUCAAUUUUGCAUUUAAUAUUCCAGUAGGAUGUGUAUUGGUUUUCGACGUUGUCGCUUUAUUAUCGGCAAUAUAUGGCAUGACUUGUGGACUGAAGGUCAAACGAACUGUCAUUAAUCCAAAUUACGUACGACAGACAAUAGUUCGAAUAAUUUGUAUGGUGUUCCUCUUGGGCAUCCCUUGGACCUUUGGGUUUUUGAUGCUUCUUUCUCAAAAUGAAACUUUAAAGUCAGUAUGUUCGAUCAUCUUCAUUGUUUGUAACGCGUUACAGGGCAUCGUAAUAUUUGUGGUAUUUUGUGCGAUGCAAGAAAAGUUCCGCGAAAAAGUCGUUUCACUUUUCACGUCAUGUCAAAAGAAGACAGUACCAUCGAUUAAAUUUCAAGAAAGAGUCGAGACCAAUGUCCACGAUGAAAAUGCCAAAGAUACUCCCAACACUGACACGUCUUCCUCUCUCCCGCCACCACCGCCGUCAUGGCAACGUUUACGUAAUGAGGAACGACCAUACCGCAGCAGAUGGAUAUGAUUCAGCAAUAUUCAACCGACUUAACCCAGUGAACGAUCACUCAUACGUAAUAGUCAAGAGCUCGCGUUAUAAAACUGUAGCAGGCGGUUGAACACCCAAACGGCAAGUUUAUUAUUUCGAAAAUAGCAGGAGUGAUAUUCAACGUAUUUGGAGAGCUUUAGGUUUCGAAUAAUGGAAAAGUUGUCGUCCAUGACUGCGAUUUAUUAUAUAUAUAUAGUUUUCUACAACUAUUUAAUGGCUGAAAAAUUUAUGCAUGCAUCAUUUCUUGGGCAAUGAAGUUAUUGCUACCCACCGCACAUCCAGUUUAACACUGCAUAAACGUAAAAACAAUUUUUUAAAACAAUGCGAUUUAUUGCCUCUGAUAUAUAUAUCUUCUUUUAAUGCGUAAUCCGAACUA